AUGGCAAAAGGUUUGGGCCAUUCAGCAAUUUUAGCUCUGGUUGUUUUUUCAAUUUCAAUUUGCUAUUCGGAGCAACUACAAUCGUCUCAUGCACAAAUCCUUUUGAGAAUUCAACGCAUUUUGAACUUCCCUACUGUUUUGAGUAGCUGGAAUAGUGAAACUGGUUUCUGUAAUACUGAACCAACUUUAUCUCUUACUGUUGUGUGCUACGAAGAAAGCAUAACCCAGCUCCAUAUUAUUGGGAAGCGAGGCACUCCUUCCUUACCUAAGAAUUUUUCUAUAGAUUCAUUUACUACGACACUCGUUAAACUUCCUAGCUUGAAAGUCCUUACAUUGGUUUCUAUUGGUUUAUGGGGACCAUUGCCCGGCAAAUUGGCCCGCUUAUCGUCACUGGAAAUACUCAACAUAAGUUCAAAUUUCUUUCUUGGCUCCAUUCCACGGGAAAUUUCGUCUUUAACAAACCUCCAGACAUUAAUACUUGAUGACAACAUGUUCUCUGGUCAACUUCCAGAUGGGCUGAGUUCACUUCCAGCUUUGGCUGCUUUGAGUAUGAAGAAGAAUUCAUUAAAUGGGUCUCUGCCGGAUUCACUGGGAAGUUUUACAAACCUCAGAGUUCUUGUGCUUUCGCAUAACCAUUUUUCUGGUGAAGUGCCUGACCUGAGCAGUUUAGCAAACCUCCAAGUUCUUGAUUUGGAAGAUAAUUCUCUUGGACCUCAGUUUCCUCUAGUUGGUAGAAAAGUAGUCACGCUUGUACUGAGGAAGAACAAAUUUAGGUCUGGCAUCCCAGACAGAGUGGGCUCUUAUUAUCAGCUUGAACAGCUUGACAUAUCAUUCAACAGAUUUGUGGGACCAUUUCCACCAUUUCUGUUCUCCAUGCCAUCAAUUACUUAUUUGAACAUCGAGGGAAAUAGAUUUACUGGAAUGCUUUUCGAAAAUUUUCCUUGUGGAGCUUACCUUGAGUUUGCGGAUUUGUCUGCUAAUCUGUUGACUGGAGCAUUGCCGAGCUGUCUUCGGUCUGAUUCCAAGAGCAGGGUUGUGCUUUUUUCUGGGAAUUGUUUAGCUACUGGGGACAAAAGUCAGCACCCAAUUUCCUUUUGCCAUAAUGAAGCUUUGGCCGUGGGAAUCUUGCCUCACCGCCGGAAGCCCAAAGAAGUUUCCAAAGCAUUUCAUGACUUGAGCAUAAUUGGAGGGAUAAUUGGAGGGAUAAUUGGAGGAAUUGUACUAGUUGGUCUAACCUUCAUGGUGGUUAGAACAAGUCGUGCAAAGAAGAUGGUCAAAACACCUCCAACUAGAUCAAUAUCAGAGAAUGCAGCAACUGGAUACACCUCUAAGUUGCUUUCAGAUGCAAGGUAUGUAACUCAGGCUAUGAAGCUAGGAGCACUAGGCCUUCCAGGUUACCGACCUUUUUCACUUGAAGAACUAGAGGAGGCAACAAAUAACUUCGAUACAUCAUAUUUUAUGGGUGAAGGCUCUCAUGGUCAGAUGUACAGAGGCCAGCUGAAGGAUGGUUCUUUUAUUGCUAUUCGAUGCCUGAAAAUGAAACGAAACCACAGCACUCAAAGCUUUAUGCACCACAUAGAAUUGAUUUCAAAACUCAGACAUCACCAUUUGGUCAGCGCUCUUGGGCACUGCUUGGAAUGCUACUUGGAUGACUCAAGUGUCAGCAGAAUAUUUCUUGUCUUUGAAUACGUACCAAAUGGGACACUAAGGAACUGGCGCAUAGCAGCUGCCAUAGGGGUUGCAAAGGGUAUCCAAUUCCUUCAUACAGGAAUUGUGCCAGGUGUCUUUUCAAAUAACUUAAAAAUAACAGAGGUUUUAUUGGACCAGAACCUUGUUGCAAAACUCAGCAGUUACAACCUGCCUUUGUUAGCAGAGGAUAUGGGAAAGGUUGGUAUUCAACGUUCUCCUGGAGCCAAGGAGCUUAGUAAUGCAAGGAUCAAACAUCAGGACAAGUUUGACAUCUACGAUUUUGGGGUGAUAUUACUUGAAAUCAUUGUGGGAAGGCCAUUCAAUUCCAUGAAUGAAGCAGGGGCUGUGAAAAAACAAUUACAAGCAAGCAUAACAGCUGAUUCUGCUGCUCGAAAGAGCUUUGUUGAUCCAGCAGUUCUCAAUGCAUACUCGGAUGAAUCAUUGAAGAUAACAAUGGAAAUCUGCAGUAGGUGUUUGGUUAAGGAUCCAGCAGAUAGACCAUCCAUUGAGGAUGUGCUGUGGAACUUACAGUUUGCUGCUCAGAUUCAGGACGCAUGGAGGGGAGACUCCCAAAGCAGUGACGGGUCACCAAUCUCGCCUUUCCAGCCUCCACGCCUACAGCUCACAGUUCAACAGAAUCAGCAUUCAGGUUCUAAUUCUCCUUUUUCAAGAACCAGUUCCAGAUCUUGA